AUGGCUGACUUAGUGACUAGUUUCUUGUACGAGAUUCUGAAAGAAGCAAUCACCAAGAAGUACCCAAGGAAGACAUGGCUAAUGCUUGUGUUUGAAGAUGCUAUCGAGGAGCAAUCAAUGAUGAAUGCAACUAAUGUAUACAAAUUGAAUUGGUUCAAGUAUAACCCCAAAAACAAGACUGAGACUCUCGGUAUAGGCAACAAGUGGGCGGAGGUAUAUAUCAACGUCCCAGCCACCAAGAGCAAGCAUGUCGUGGUGGUAGAGCUUUUCGUGCUCCUUUCUUUUAGUUCAGCUGCGGUGUCAUUGCCGAUCACGUUAAAGUUAACGAGUACUUUAGCUAUCAACAAAAAGGCUGCUGAUAGAAGUGUCAGAAGAGACGCUAUAGAUAGUACCGACAAAGAGGUGGACUCAGACGGCACAUGGGACAAGUGCGCCGAUAAUAGUAUGCUAGGAAAGGCAAUUAGAACUGGGAGAGUUCCAACUAGGUGUGAUGUGAACGAAGUUUUGCGCUUUGGCGUGAGGAUACGCUUGAUUGACGUUGAAGCAACCAUAGGCACCCCGGAAUGCGAAGGAGUGUGUGAGUGUGAGUGUGAGUGUGAAGUAGGCCCGGAUUGCAAUGAAGUAUCCACUAGAGCAUGA